CCCCAGGCUGGCUUCCGCGGUCGCCAUGACGGCGGCCGUGUUCUUCGGUUGCACCUUCAUUGCCUUCGGGCCUGCGCUUGCCCUCUACGUCUUCACCAUCGCCAUCGAGCCGUUGCGCGUCAUCUUCCUCAUCGCCGGAGCUUUCUUCUGGUUGGUGUCUCUACUCCUUUCAUCCCUUUUAUGGUUCAUAGCAAGCCACAUUACUGAGAACAAAGAUGGACCAACACAGAAAUAUGUGCUAAUCUUCGGAGUGUUGGUUUCAGUCAUUAUCCAAGAAAUGUUCCGAUUUGCUUAUUACAGACUUUUAAAAAAAGCCAGUGAGGGUUUGAAGAGCAUAAACCCAGAUGAGAGUGCACCCUCCAUGCAAUUGCUGGCCUAUGUUUCUGGCUUGGGCUUUGGAAUCAUGAGCGGAGUGUUUUCCUUUGUGAAUACCCUGUCUGACUCCUUGGGGCCAGGUAUUGUGGGCAUUCAUGGAGAUUCUCCUCAGUUUUUCCUUAAUUCAGCUUUCAUGACGCUGGUUAUCAUAUUGCUGCACGUGUUCUGGGGCAUUAUAUUUUUUGAUGCUUGUGAGAAGAAAAAGUGGUACAUUCUUCUUAUAGUUCUCCUGACCCAUCUGCUGGUAUCUACUCAGACCUUCCUAAGUCCUCACUAUGGAAUAAAUCUGGUGUCAGCAUACGUAAUCAUGGUGUUCAUGGGCAUCUGGGCAUUUUUUGUUGCUGGAGGCAGCUGCCGAAGCCUGAAAUUCUGCCUGCUCUGCCAAGACAAGGACUUUCUUCUUUACCACCAACGUUCUAGAUAACCUCCGACAGUCAGUUCCUACCAACAGCAGGCUGUGUCAUUAGAGGAAGCACAACAGUGCCUUUUUCUAAAAAGAGUAAGAAAGAAAGAAAUCCCCUUUUCUGGUGGAAUUUUGGAAAAGCAAAGCUAUCUAGAUAGGAAUUCCAUUUGCUUGGCUUUCAAGAAACAGGUCUCUCAAAAGGAUGCCUCAGUGGUCUGCGUGCUGGCUGCAUGUUAGAGACACCUGGGAAACAGAAGGAAUACUGAUUCAGGGCUCUCCACUCCAGAUUUAAUUGGCAUGAGCAUUUGGUAAUUUUUGAAAGCUUCCAAGUAAUUCCAAUGUGUGACAAGGCUGAAAAGCACUGGGAUCCAGAUGGGAACUUCUCAAUAUCCUAAGUAAAUGAGAUUCUGAUAUUUAACUGUCUCCUGAUUCAACUUGUGCUAAGCAAGUAAAUUGCUGAAUGUCAAAUUCUAGUUAGCCUUUAUCUUUUUAUGUUAUGAAUUCACAAAAGGCUAAAGGGCUAUCACCUCUGAACCAUUCACAUAUAUUUCACUAAUACCAUCUUAGCAAAACAUGGUAGACUGUGCUGCUCAAUACAAUAAUAAAUUACACUGACUUACUAUGAUAAUUUAGCCAAAAUAAGAUUAGAUUAAUAAGGUAUAUUCUCCUGAAAUUUUUCCAUUCUAGAUUUUGCUUUUUUGAGGCACUGCAUUUUUUAAGUAUAAAUUCAGUUUAAGAUUAAUUUUUUAUUUCCUUGGAAAGUACAAAAUCGAGAAUUGUGCAAAGUCUUUGAGUCUUUUCUUAGUUUAAAGCUGCAGUGUUUACUAUCUGAGUGCCAGGUGCUGGAUUAGGUGAGGUAAAGCCCCAUGUUUUAUCCCUAAGCAGCUGAACAGAGAACUGAGAACUGUACCCUGGGACAGGCUUCCCUGGAGCUGGUGGAAAUGUGACCAAAAGCUCAAGGAAAAUAAGCCAAAAGGAUGUUCUUGGACACUUUUCAUUUGCUCCUGUUACUGUUUUCAGCUGAAUCUAGCCAGCCAGCAUCCAGGCAGACAAGGUUGUCAUUAACAAUACUGAACAGCUCCUUUACCCAAAUGGUAUAGUAUAAAAUUGUAAAAAUGUAUUUUAAACUGCCAGAUUUUUUGCUAUUACAUAUCCAUAUAAUCUUUAGAUUUAUUAGGUAUCUGGGUUUUGGUAGCAGUGAUAUAGCGUUCUCUUUAGAAGAAUAUCCAAGGUGUUUGUUCAGCUUCUAAAUAACAUUUUUUUUAAUUUCCUUUAUGGAGAGGAAAUCCUAGUGAAUUAUGAUUUUACUAACUGGAAAUUUUUCCCAGUUUUUGUCUUUGGGGAGCUGAUAGUGUGAAAUGGAAAUUAUACAUUAAAGGGAUACUUCUGUGAAUCCUAUAUAUUUUUUAGAAGAAGGUCCCCCCCCACCAAAAAGAAAAAG